AUGAAUGCACCGGAAACCGGCUUCACUCUCUUCUGGCUUCUAACUUUGGUGACGGCCGAUCCCAGGGAGUACGAUCUCAGGAUACCAGGUGGGUUUUUGAAUUUUAAAAAUUUAAAAAUAUUUUUAAAUGUUUUAUUUUUGAAAUUUUUUAUCCGUUUUAAAAUUAUUCAUUAUAAUUUUUAUGCUUUAUAAUGAAAUCUAAAAUCAUAUAUAACAUAGUGUCUUCCAUGUAAAACAGUCGUCAUGAACUGUUUACUGAGUAAGUGUUUAUUGACCUUUGCCCUGGUGACUCCCUCUGAUAUUCGAUAUUCACCGCUGGAUGUCCAUUCCGGGAAGGUCGUUUCAUCCUUAAAUUAGAGCCUCUUUCUCCUUUGAUUAACCACAAGGACAGGAAAUCCCUCAACGCACUUAAUUUCGGGAAUUACUCAGUAACCUUUUUGUUUUAUCUCAAGGAGGUCAGGUUUACUGUGGAUAGAAACGAGGGAUAUAAAACAUAUGGUAGAUAUCUCAUUGUCCAUAUUAAGACUUUAAAACAUUAUCCAUAUCAAUGAAUUAUGACAUAUCAUCGUUACUCAAAACAAUAAUUUUUUGUAUAUAAGAUCAUGUUGGUAUGUUGUGCAAUCGUCUAUCAAAACAAUCACCCUUCACCUCCUGAGCACAGCUUGAACCGUCUUGGGAGGAUUAGUGGGAUUAGCGUCGCCUUAGAUAAAAGCAGCGAUAAGAACCGGCUCAUUAUCUACUCCAAACCACCUCCUUCAAAGACUUCGGCUUCAGAAGGCCGUUGCGUGUGAAGUGUCGUUAAAACGUGUUUAAGUGUCGCCAGAUCGUACCCCCCAACGGCUCCACUUACCAUGCCCACUUACUUAGCUUAACCGCGGUUACUGACCUCAGUUACAGGAAGUAGGGCGAAGUGAAAGUGGAUCAUUUAACUCGAAUUAAAUCCCUCAGGGCAUUUUCCGAUAUUUAAUUAUUAUGCGAAAGCGAAAACGGCGACAAAACAUUUUUACUGUGUAAAUCUACUUAACAGACUGCAAUUAGUGUCUUGUCAUGGGUGUGACAUUCCUAAACAGUCAAAAAGUACAAAAAAGAAUGGCAAAAAAUAAGAAAAAUGUUUCAGAAAAUCAACCAGUCGAAUUUCGAAAGUACGGAGAUGCAGCAUCAGUAGACUACUUCAGACUUCUGGAAAUCGACGAUGCACAUCUUAUUAUUGGAGCAGCGUAGGUUUUUAAAUGAUACCCUAGCAUUUCAAAUUUUUCUUAACAAAUACGGCUGCAUAACAUCAAUAGUUUUUUGAUUUAUGAAUUUUUUGUAGUGACAAUGUGCACAACAUCAGUAUCGACCUAUUCGAGAGGAUAUCACUCUACGAAUGGCCAAGUGGACAGAAGGAAAUCAAUGAUUGUAACAUGAAAACCGCUGAUCAGGUUAGUACAGUAUAGCAUUACAUAACAUCUAUAUAAAAUAAGAUAGUAUGAUUAGGUACAUAAGCAGUAUACAAUAACUGUAAUAACCGUGAAAUGUUUUUCAAAAAACUUUUUAACAUUUCUGUAGUAGCAUAUUAAACUAUAUUGUUUUAGACUGCUUGCCGGAACUACGUUCGAGUAUUGUCACGUUCUGAAAAGGACGGCACGCUACUGAUCUGUGGAACAAAUGCCUUUAAGCCGUCGUGCAGAUUGAUCAACAGCCGACACGAGACACUGGUCGAGUUCAUUGGAACUGGAAUAUCACCUUUAGAUCCUCGACACAACACAUCUUUCCUCAGAGACGGUGACUUGCUAUAUUCAGCUACUGGUAAGUUAACUUUUAUAUCUCUUUUAUAAUUAACAGCUACAUUUAUUAUAAAAUUUCGGGAGAUUUUACAUGGUUAUUUAAAUGACCUUCUUUAAAUCCUUAUAUGCUAUUCUCUUCGAUAUGUUAUUGUUGUAUGUUCAUCUCAUUAUGUCACUGUACUCCUUCCAUUUUAGUCGCCGACUUUGAUGGAAACGACGCUCUGGUGUUCCGUCGAAACAUAACAAAGCCAGAAGACCGAGGCAUACGAACGCAGCGACAGAAUAUAAUGCUCCUGAACAAGCCUCAGUUCGUGGGUACCCUUCAGUCGGAAAAGGUGAGCGGCGCUGAUAAAAACAAGACUACAGUCGGAGAUAACGAUCUCACCUUGUAGCACAACCCGUUUGCUUCCAUUUUGGAUAUUGUAAUUGAGGGUCAUGGCUGUUAGAUGAAUCUAAAAUUUCAUGCAAAUACAAAAACACUUACCUUGUUUUAUGACAUUUGAAUUGAAAAACUUUGUCCAUGGGAUUAACAAAAACAUGAAAAACGAUAAUUUAGGUAACAAAAUAUACAAAAAUUAAGAAAAAUUACGUUUUACGCAAUAAAAACUUGAAAAUAAUUACAAUAAUUUCAAUAUACCGUUUUCAGUACAUUUACUUUUUCUUCCGUGAAGAAGCGACUGAAUCUUCGGAUGCUACAACACAUUCGAGAGUAGCCAGAGUCUGUAAGAACGACAAUGGUGGUCCUCAAGAAUACGAAGCUGAAUGGACAUCUUUUACUAAAGCUCGACUGAACUGCUCGAUUCCGGAAAAGAACAAGCCAUUUUACUUUGACGAGGUAUGUCCAGUAAAUUUUGUUCGGUAAUUGUAAGAAUGUAAAAAAGGUUUCAAAAUUUUGUAUUUUUGGGUAAACUUGCAACAAAACGCCAAAACAGCAAAACUUCACAAGAAAAAUAAAAUGAAAUAAUAUUUUACUUUUUUUUCAAGAAAAUCGAGAAGUAUUUUUUGCCCAUUUUUGUAAAAAUAUAUUGUUUUAGAUAAUCUCUGUCUCCUCCAUCACUCACAACUGGCAUGGCAAGCCUAAAAGCAUGGUGUACGCCACAUUUGUAUCCGAAUUCAAUUUCCUCCGCCAUUCCGUAGUCUGUGCUUUUGGCAUCGAGGAGAUCGACCGUUUAUUCGCGACAUCUGAUAUCUUAUCUAUGGAUUUUGAAUCAAAAAGAUGGACACGAAAGCCUAGAAACGAGAAUCCAAACACUCAGAAGUUGGGACAGUGUAGUGCCAAUUCAAGAGAUCUGAGUGAAGAAGAGAUCAUCCAGAUGAGGAAGACGCCAUUGAUGGCUGAUUCUGUACCUAAUCUAUUCGGAAAAGCUGUUGGGAUCUACAGAGGAAGCGACAACUACAAUCAGAUCGUUGUUCUCGAAGGAGUCUCGAGUUUUGAUGGACCUGUUGAUGUUCUCUAUGUUGGUACUGAUCAAGGCAACGUUAUCAAGAUGACUAAUUUGGGUAUGAAUUCAACGGACAGAGAUCCUAUUCAUCAGGUGGCGGUCUACAAAAUCAGUAAUGUGAGUUUUUUUUUAUUUUAUGGGUUUUUUUAUUUUGGAGGUAAUAUCAUUUAUGAAGUUAUUACUGUGUGUUUAUAAUGUUACACCGUAGUAAAAGAAUUUUUUUAAAGAAGAUAGGUUGUUUUAUAUUCAAGUUUUUUGUCUUCGUUAAUAUUGUAAACUGUAAUUUUAGCUGCCAAUUCGUCGUCUUCUGAUAACCCAAAACAGAUAUCUGAUAGUGGUAACGGAUCCGGUGGUAUACCGACUGCCUUUGCAUUUAUGUUCUACAUACGACACUUGCGAAGACUGUGUAAACUCAAGAGAUCCUCACUGCUACUGGAAACAAGGGCAAUGUAGAUCAUCUACGUUACCAAGGUAAGUUAUCAUGUCUAUUGCUACACUUUUACUUGAUAUAAUAUUGAGCUAACUUCAAUCUUUUAUAAGCAUGUUCCUUGCUUACUAUAGCGACAUUGUUUCAGUAACCGCUCCAAACUAGCCUUCCAAGACAUUUUUUCGAGACAACCGGCGGUUUGUGUUGAAGCAAAGAAACACGACAAGCCCAAAGACACGACUACAACAACAACUGAAGCUACGAAGACCGAAAUGCCAAAGAUCAACAAAGACAAGUUCAGGAAUGUCACUUACGGAGCGCUGACUGUUGAUGGUACCGGCAUCUGUAACUGUACCACACUCAAAUCUCACAUUGAACGACGGAAGUGCCACUGUCCGAACGUUGAGAACGUGGAAUUGGUACAGCCUGUUGUCGCUGAAGAGGUUAACAGUAAGUUUUAUUAUAUUGUAGUAGAUUUUUAAGGGUUUUAAAGGUGUUGAAGUAGUUUAAAGACCUAAAAUGACCUCAAUAAUAGGUUUUACUGUAGUUAAAGUAUAUCUUUUUAUACAUAAUUUUAUUUUACAGUAUCACCACUAUCCCGGAUACCAUGGUGGAUCUACAUUGUGCUAGUGUUGGCCAUAAUCCAAACUCUUGGUCUGAUAGCACUGUGCUUAAGGCUCCGGAAGAAGCGCAUGGCCAAGACGAAGAGUUCGUCUGGCCAGAAGCAGAUGUUGUCUGUCAUCAACGCUUAUGCCCCCACCAUUACCGAUGCCAUCCCACCAAAGAUCGGCCCUACAUACGCAACAUACGACACUUUUCGACGGUAA